AAUAUAACAGUUUGUAUUUUGGCACCGCAAGUGACUUAACGACUGAAAAUUUAAAGUUGCCAAAAUUUGAAAACGAUCUAAAAUUUGAAGAUAAUCCAUCUAUAAAUUCUUUAAUGUCCGUUGAUGAAGGAAUUGAGUUUCAUCGUAAUGAAUAUUACGAAAGUGCGUGGAAGUGUUUUGAAAAAAUUCAAAACUUUGUAAUCCAUUAG